AUGAGUUCAGUCAGCGUACAUUAUAGCACACAUAAAAUAAAUAAAGUUAGAUUUCUAAAUAGAAAUUUUCAUAAUGAUACAUCAUUAUUUGUAACAGGUACAAAUCACCCUGUAUUAUCGAAAAAUAAGAUAUCAGUUUGGGGAUUAGAAAGUAGACAAAACUCUGAUGAAAUUGAAGAAUUAGCAUCAGUACCAAUCGAUGGUAUAGUUACAGAAUUAAAAGUUAUUGAAAUUAAUAAUAAACCAAUGAUAAUUGGGUCAACAUCAAAAGGAUCAAUUUUUAUGUAUUCAAUUUUUAAUUUACCAAAUAAAUUUGAAUAUAUAGGUUAUGAUGGUCUUUUAGAUAAAAAGUAUGAAAAUUAUAAUAAUAUCAAUAAUAUAAAUGACACUUAUGAUACAUGUAAUUUAUUAAAAGAAAGAAUAUGGUUUAAUAGUAGUAGUAAUAAUAAUAAUGUAAAUAGUAAUAAUAUAAAUAAUAAUAAUUAUAAUAAUAAUAAUAAUAAUUAUAAUAAUAAUAAUAAUAAUAAUAAUAAUAAUAAUAAUAAUAAUAACAAUAAUAAUAAUAAUGGUAGUUGUAUAAAUUCAUUUGAUAUUAGUUAUGAUCAACAUAGUUUAGUUACAGUUGGUAAUGAUGGUGUUAUGAAUUUAUUAUCAAUUGAAAAUUUAAUACCAAUUUAUACCAAUAGAUAUAUUGAUGGAUUGAGUGUAAAUGUUGUAAAAUCAAUUACAUCCAAUCAAAUCAUAACAUCAGGUGAAUUGGGUAGAUAUAUUAAAUUUUGGGAUAUAAGAUCAAAUUCAUCACAACCUGUCAAAACAAUUAAAACUCAAUGUCCUAGAAUAUUUAGUUUGGCAAUUCACAAAGAUGAACAACAUAUCAUUGCUGCUGGUAGUUCUGAUGGUCAAGUUAAUCUUUUUGAUAUUAGAAAUGAUUAUUCAAUUGAUCAAAAUAAAACUCAUAAUUCAAAUGUUUGGGAAUUAUCAUUUAGUAAAUCAAAUCCAAAUCAAUUAUAUUCAUGUUCAGAGGAUGGAUUCAUUUAUCAAUAUUCAUACAAUAAGGAUAAUUUAGGUGGUGGUGGUAUGAUGACUUUACCAAAUCAAAUCAAUAAUACAUUUGAUAUCUAUAGUAAAGAAGUUUCAUUAUUACAACUUCCAACUUCAAUUGGUUCAAUUGAUUCUUUCGAUAUUAAUUCAAAUAUAAAUCGUUUGAUUUGUUGUUCAACUUCUUCACAAUGUUUAAUUGUAAAAUCACUUUAA